CGCCAUGGCGUCUGGGCGCGAGCGCGCAUGCGCGUACAUUUUCCCGCCAUACGCCGCCGAGCGUCCGCGUCCACAAACAAAACCUUUAUUUUUUUAAUUUAAAAAUGUAAGAUGUUAUUGUUUUAAUUUAUUUUUGUGUUUUUGAAGUGCUGUGUCGUGAUGUAGCCAUGUUGUUGGGAGUUCUGCUGCUGCUGAGCGAGUGCACCGCACUGGCUUUUAAUACCAGCUAUGUUAGCCCUCGGGAUAUGUGGUCACUGCGCUACCCGCCGCGGAAGUCCCACGUGCGGCGCCAGCGCACGAUCCCGGCCAGCACUCCGUUCUUCUGCCAAGACUCCCUGGCUUUUGGCAAGAGCAGGCAGCCUCCGACGUCGGUGCACCGGCUCCGGCCCGGCGACAUCGAUGUGGUGGCUGCUUUAGGAGACUCGCUGGUGGCCGGGAGCGGUGCCUUGGAGGAGUUUGCCCUGGGAGCUUUUGUAGAGUACAGGGGAGUUUCAUGGUGUGCAGGAGGCGAAGGCACCUGGCGCGAGUACCUCACUGUACCGAACAUCCUCAAAGUGUACAACCCGGGGCUCCGCGGCUACUCGACCGGCACGGGCGAGUGGCUCGAACGUAACGCUCGCAUGAACGUCGCCUUCCCCGUGGCGUCGGACCAGGACGCGCUCAAACAAGCCAAGAUCCUGGUGGCUCGCAUGUUCGCAGCCCCCGACAUCGACGUCGCUCAACACUGGAAACUAGUCACCAUUUUUCUGGGCGCCAACGACCUCUGUUCCGCCUCCUGUUUGUCACCCAUAGAGUGGUCACCGCUGGCACAUGCCAAGAAGUUGGCACGAGCAUUGGACUACUUGCACGCCAAUCUGCCGAGAACUAUAGUCAAUUUAGUACCUGUAUUAGACGUAUCCGUGUCCGUGCGCGUGCGCCGGCCCGCCAUGUGCAGACUGAUGCACCCGCUGUUCUGCACGUGCUUCCACCGCGGCGGCGGCGAGCUGCGCGCGCUGGUCGCCAUGACCAGGCUGUACCAGAGGGCGGAGACCAUGCUGGUGGAGAGCGGCCGUUACGACACCCGCCCCGACUUCACAGUGGUCAUCCAACCCUUCAUGCGUCUGUUCAACGCGCCCUGGCCGCCCUCCGCUAACCUGCCACUGGUCAUCCACCAGUCCUACAUCACACACGACUGCUUCCACUUCUCGCAGAAAGGACACGCUCUAGCGGCUAACCUCCUAUGGAACAACCUGCUAGAACCAGUAGGCAACAAGACCGACGACGCUGAACCUGUCUUACUCCGCUCAUUCCGUUGUCCCACGAGAGAAGCUCCCUUCAUCUUCACACACAACAACUCUAGGACGUACCUCGAAACUGGACGCCAAGAGGGAUACGAUGAGUUAUGACAAAGGCGCGAAGAUUUUAACACGAAAGGACUCUAUAAAUAAAUAAAUAAAUAUUAUAGGACUUUCUUACACAAAUUGACUAAGCCCCACAGUAAGCUCAAGAAGGCUUGUGUUGAGGGUACUCAGACAA